AAAACAAAUGAAAUAAUUUUGAAUUCAUGUUACCACUAGCUAUGCAACCUGAAAGACGGUUGGAGAACUGUCGAGCAUACAUGAAUACCUGAUUAUGCAAAUCUUUACACUCAUGAUUUGUCCUUGAAUUCUCCCAACCCGGAAGCUCGCUUGUGUCGCCAAGGGUAGCGUCGUCUAUUUUUGAAUUAUUCACAGAUUGAACAUAGUCUAGGUAAGGUAGGCCACAUCAAAGCUAAGUAAAGGCUCCAGGAGAUUCAAAUCUAAUUCUAACACUAUGUCUAUGGACAACUCAUGGGAGAAAGUAUUUAUCGAAGACGUGAAAGGUAAAUUGAGUGACUCACAAGGUAACUUGCAAGACGAAAUUAAAGAGUUGCUUCAAGCCAGACUCACACAAUGGAAAGACGUAGAAGUAAAGUUCGGCGUUACAGGUGAUUCUGGUGCUGGAAAGUCGAGCUUUAUAAACGCCAUAAGAGGGUGAGAGAUUUGAUUUUUCCUUUUCUAUAUACAGCCAAUUCAAAAACGGCUGUCGCUUGCUUGCCAGUAUGCUUUGCACUCUUAGAAUUUAAGGUUCAAUGUUCCAUACCAAACAAGGAGCGUGUAGUUCAAAACUAUAAAUUAAAUUUCGAUAUGGCAGCAAGAGUUAUACGCCAACAAAAUCUUAUCUACGUGAAUUUGGGGAUGCUUGUUGUCUUUGUAGUAGAGUAUGCCCGUUCGCAGGUCAUGCCCAGCACCUAACCUGCGAAAGGGCAUACUCUGAGUACGAGAUUGAUCACGUGGCCGGCCCGGACUUUCUAGUUUAAGAAAGCCCUGGGAACAAAGUUGACAUGCAACAUUCAAAUUUAAUAGAGAAAGAUCACAUAUCGAUUUUGUCCACGAGAAACGUCAUAUGGUUUUUUUUUGUUUUUUUUUUGUUUUUUUUUGGGGGGGGGGUGCAGCUGCGAGUCCAGGGCCGGAACUACUGGGGGUAACACCCCAAAGACAAGUCAAGAUAGGGGGCCCAACUUGCCCAGAAGGGGCCACGGAAUGCUGGAACGUGUUAAAUAUUAAGGAAUUUUCUAAAUAGUUGAGGCCGAAAAAGUAUUUUAACCCCCGCCCCUCCAUUAUCUCAAACUAGUGUUUGGAGAAAAAAGUGGGUGUUUUGUUUCGGGAAACACCAGCCUUCAGAAACCUUUGGCUUUUCCGGAAAUUUCUUUGAGAAGGGCCCCGAAAAGAAUUAUUUUGAGAAAGGCCCAAAAUUUUUAAUUUACCCCCCUCCCCCCGCCCAACCAGAUACCGCUCAGCACGGCCCUGGCUGCGACGUUUCUCUGUAAAACAUCACGGAAAAAUUCGAUAAUUUUUUCGAAAGCCUUAACAUUUCGGAAUCAUCUUUGCAGAAUAUAAAAAGAAAACAACUUGAUACAAACACCAGUCUAUACAUUCGUAAUACCAUACCUGUUCUAUACAUUUAUAAUAUUACGCCUUCUUUGCAUUGAGAACACUCAAAUUUCAAGAAAAACGCGCUAAAAAUUGUCAAUAUUUCAUACACAAAAAAGUUGCUUUGAGAAACAUUGGAAAUUUUUAAGUCAACAGAAGACGACAUAUUCCAUGCGGAAGCAUCGCCAGUAACCGACCGUAGAAAAUAGUAGAAAAUUACGUUAUGUGUACUAUACCAACAAAAUAUGUGUGAUGUUUCUAAGGCGGUGGGGUCUCCAGAGAAUCGUCCAUAUUACGUUUCUCAUGGACAAAUAGGGUAUAGGCGAUACUAUAUAGUUUCCAACGGCUAAAAUUUGCGCGAGGUAUUUUUACAUUAACUGUUGUUCACGAAUGAUACAACUGUUUGAAUGAUUCAAAGCAUGCUUAGGUUGUGACUAUGAUUUUGAGCAAACAUUUACAACUACAAUUUGCUCAGACUUGCAGAUGAUGAAGAGGGCGCAGCGAAAACAGGUGUCAAGGAGACAACCAGGGACAUUGCAAUGUACUCCCAUCCUACCAAUCCUAAGAUCAAAUUCUGGGAUUUACCUGGCAUAGGUAAGUGAGAGUUGUCAGUACAAUGCACUAAUAUAAUAAGAAUCAACAAGGAAUGGGCCCACACUUUACGUCUUCACCAGAUCUCUAAUCCGUCGAAACAAAGAUUACUUUAAUAUUUGGCGGUUGUGGUCGUAUUGCUUAUCAUGGGCGUAAUGAUGACGGUAGUAACAGUGAUUAGGAUAAUUACGGUAAUUAAGGUGAUAAUGAUAGAGGUAAUAGUGCUGAUGAUAGUGCUCAUUGUAGUAAUAGUUAUGAUGGUAGUGAUGAUAAUG